CCCUCGUCGCCAUCUGCAUCGCAUCUGCAUCUGCGUUCGAACACAUCCAGCCAUGACCGACAAUUACCUCGACCACCCUGUGCAGAUCAAGUCCAAGAUCAUCUGCACCAUUGGACCCAAGACUCAGUCCGUUGAGAUGCUGGGCAAGCUCAUCGAGGCUGGUAUGGGUGUUAUGCGCAUGAACUUCUCGCACGGUACCCACGAGUACCACGAGAAGACCGUCAAGAACCUGCGCGAGUACCUCUCCUCGUGCAAGAACCCCCGCACCGUGGCCAUUCUCCUCGAUACCAAGGGCCCUGAGAUUCGAUCUGGCAAGCUUGUCGACGGCAAGGAUGUGCAGCUGAUUACCGGAAACAAGUUCACUUUCCACAACGACACUUCGAGACUCGGCGACGCAACCCAGGUCUGGACCACCUACAGCUCCCUCGCCCGCACCGUCGAGCCCGGAGACAUGAUCCUUGUCGACGACGGCCUCAUUGGCAUGAAGGUCGAUGAGGUCAACGAAGAAACCGGCGAGGUUCACUGCACCAUCCAGAACAACGGCAUGCUUGGCGAAACCAAGGGUGUCAACCUGCCCGGCAACCCCGUCGAUCUCCCUGCCAUCACCGAGAAGGACGCCUCCGACAUCAAGUUUGGCGUCGAGCAGGGCAUCGACUUUAUCGCUGCCUCGUUCAUCCGCAAGGCUGCCGACGUUCACGAGAUCCGCAUGCUGAUUGCCGGCACCAACAUCAAGAUCAUCUCCAAGAUUGAGAGCCAGGAGGGCAUCGAGAACUUUGACGAGAUUCUCGCUGCCUCGGACGGUAUCAUGGUUGCCCGUGGUGAUCUCGGUGUCGAGAUCCCCGUCGAGCAGGUUGCCCGCUUCCAGAAGAUGAUGAUCCGCAAGUGCAAUGCCGCCGGCAAGCCCGUUGUCACCGCUACCCAGAUGCUUGAGUCCAUGAUCUUCAACCCCCGCCCCACCCGUGCCGAGGCCACCGAUGUUGCCAACGCCGUCCUCGAUGGCUCCGACUGUGUCAUGCUUUCGGGCGAGACUGCCAAGGGCGCCCACCCCGUUGCUGCCGUCGAGAUGAUGUCCAAGAUUUGCCGCGAGGCCGAGCUCGACAUCAACUACUCGGAGCUGUACCCGGCUCUCCGACGACAGAUCCGCCUGCCCAUCAGCGUCUCCGAGGCCAUCGCCUCCAGCGCCGUUAAGACCAGCUGGGAUGUCCAUGCCACCCUGAUCAUUGUCCUGACCCAGACCGGCAACACCGCCCUCUCGAUUGCCAAGUACCGCCCAAUCGCCCCCGUCCUGGCCAUCACCGCCAACGCCCAAGUUGCCCGUCAGUGCCAGGUUCUGCGCGGCAUUUACCCUCUCCUUGUUGACUCCAUGGCCGGCACCGAGAACCUCAUCCACCGCGCCAUGCUGUGGGGUGUCAAGAUGGGCAUGGCCCAGCGCGGCGACCCGGUUGUCGUCACCAGCGGUAUCAUCGAAGAGACUGCCGGCGCCACCAACAUCAUGCGCGUCCUCAAGUGCGUUGGAUUCGAAGUUUAAUUUAAUUAGAUUCCUGGGUCGUUGUUCCCCUGUUUUGUUCCUCCUUUCGUGUUAAUAUUACAGUGCUCAUGAAACGCAUCGGGAAGCCAC